UCUCCUCGCUUCCAAACUACAUCUCCCGGGAUGCUCCGGGGCAGUUUCCCCCGCUUCCGGUCCCCCUCGCUGAGGGGAGGGGUGCGGGGUUGGUUGUUAAAGUGCUAUGACAACGGGCGCAAAGAUGGCUGCCGAGGCUGGCGGAGCGGGGCAGCUGGUACCGCCGGCAGCCUCCCGUUAAGCAGCCGCAGCCACCACCCCUCUCCCUCGUCCAUCCCGCACCCUGUCCCGUUCCGUCCGCGGGGCUGCGAGUGAGGAGGGCUGAGCCAGCUGGUGCCUGCGGUUGCCGCCUGUUGAUCCCCGUCCUUGGGGACCCGCUGAGCCCUAGGGCCGGGCCGGCGGCUUCGCAGGGAUCAGCACCUCUCUGCUCGCGCACACCCUAGUGUAGACGCAUCCUCCGCCGUGGCUGCUGGCCAGUUUCCAGCGCAGGUACUUGCGGGUGCAGAGGCCCCUGCUUGGACGGGUCUGGGUUACAAGCAGUGAACCUGGAACACCUGACCAGAGGACCAAUCAGAAGACAAGAUACUUUCAAAUCUCGGUGGAGGGAAGUCUUUGUUUUCUGUUGUUUGUUUGUCUGUUGUUCUCUCUGGGUUCUGAGAGUGACCAGACGUACCUACAGGCUCUCUAAUUUUCUGUUCAAGUACGUGAAGGAGAAUGUCUUUGUUUAAAGCCCGAGAUUGGUGGUCAACAGCUCUUGGAGAAAAAGAAGAAUUUGAUCAAGGGUGUUUAUGUGUAGCUGACAUUGACAACAGCGGCAGUGGACAAGCUAAAAUAACUGUUGGCAGUUAUAUGGGAUAUCUUCGAAUCUUUAAUCCUCACCCUGUCAAACCUGGAGAUGAAAUGCAAGCUGAAGAUUUGCUCCUUGAAGUGCAACUGCGAGAUCCAAUACUCCAGGUGGAAGUAGGAAAAUUUGUUUCUGGUACUGAACUACUUCAUCUGGCUGUACUGCAUUGCAGAAAACUGUGUGUCUAUGCUGUCUCAGGAACUUUGGGAAAUGUGGAACAUGGGAACCAGUAUCAGAUCAAACUUAUGUAUGAACACAAUCUUCAGCGAACAGCCUGUAAUAUGACUUAUGGACCAUUUGGUGGUGUGAAAGGUCGAGAUUUGAUAUGCAUACAGUCCAUGGAUGGCAUGCUUAUGUUGUUUGAACAGGAAAGCUAUGCUUUUGGUCGAUUUCUACCUGGUUUUCUUCUACCUGGUCCGUUAACUUACAGCUCUCGAACAGAUUCCUUCAUUACAGUCUCUUCCUGUCAACAAGUUGAGAGCUACAAGUACCAAGUGCUGGCAUUUGCAACAGAUGCUGAUGAAAGACAGGAGACAGAGCAGCAAAAACUGAGUUCUGGAAAAAGGCUUGUUAUGGAUUGGGUUUUAAACAUUGGAGAGCAAGCACUGGAUAUAUGUGUUGUGUCCUUUAAUCAGACCUCCUCUGUUUUUGUGCUUGGUGAGAGAAAUUUCUUUUGCCUUAAGGAUAAUGGGCAAAUUCGAUUCAUGAAAAAACUUGAUUGCAGUCCAAGUUGCUUCCUUCCUUAUUGUUCAGUGUCUGAAGGAACAAUAAACACUCUGGUUGGAAACCAUAAUGGCAUGUUGCAUGUUUAUCAGGAUGUGACAUUGAAGUGGGCCACUCAGCUUCCCCAUAUUCCUGUAGCAGUAAAAGUGGGCAAUUUACAAGAUUUGAAAGGUGUUAUAGUUACUCUGAGUGACAGUGGACACUUGCAGUGUUCCUACCUUGGUACCGAUCCUUCUCUGUUCCAGGCUCCUAAGGUUGAAUCUAGGGAAAUAAACUACGAAGAACUUGACAGAGAAAUGAAAGAGCUUCAGAAAAUCAUCAAGGAGUCCACAAAAACACAAGAUAUUUUGCCCAAAUCUGAAAAAGAUUACGAUGAUUUGAGAAUCACGGCAGAAGUUUCACCUGACUUGGAUGUAGUAUCUCAAGCCAUUGACAGUGAGGUGAGAGUGGAGGCAGUUCCUUCAGUCACAGUAAAGAUCACACUACAGAGCAGAUUGGCUGUGCAAAAAACAAAAUUAUCAAUAUGUGUACAACCUCCUUUAGCACUGACCCAUGACCAGUUCAUCUUUGAUGAUAUAGAGUCGUGCAGAUCUAAAGCUGUAGCUCUGUCUGUCUUUCUGAAGGGGAAUUGUCCACCAGCAGAGCUGGAAGGAAAUGCUGUGGCUUCCUAUAGUAUGCCCACAGAUCUCAAUCCUGAAGGAAUACCAAGAGUUGCUCAGUGUAAAUUUAGACUACCCUUGCGGUUAAUUUGCUUUCCAGCUCAACCUUCAAAAACAGCAAACCACAAACUAACUAUUGAUACCAAUAAAUCUCCUGUCAGUCUUGUGAACCUUUUCCCAGACUUUGCUGAUCAGUCUAAUGAAGAUCAGGUAAAUGUUCUGGGAUUCCAGUUCUUAACUGGUUCUAGAAUCACUCUUCUUGCUUCAAAAACCUCACAACGGUAUAGAAUCCAGAGUGAACAAUUAGAAGACCUUUGGCUAAUCACAAAAGAACUCACUUUUCGUCUUGAAGAACAUUUCAAGAAGCAAAAUAGCAAAGACUUCACUUGUACCUUUUCUGGUUCAGUUCCUUUACAAGAAUAUUUUAAACUAAUUGAUCGCCAUUUUGAGCUUCGCUUGAAUGCUGAAAAAUUUGAAGAACUGUUGUCUGAAAGAGCCAUACAAUUUAGAGCUAUUGAACGACGAUUACUAACUCGAUUCAAAGACAAAACACCUGCUCCCCUUCAACAUCUGGACACCUUGUUAGAAGGAACUUACAGACAGAUAAUAGCUCUAGCAGAUGCGGCAGAGGAAAACCAAGCCAAUAUGUUCCAAGCAUUCACAAAGUUGAAAAGUGCCACCCAGCUGGUGAUUAUGCUGAUUAGUCUGUGGCAGAAACUCAGCACUGACCAAGUUGCUAUUCUGGAAGCUACGUUUUUGCCAUUAAUGCAGGAUACCCAAGAGCUGGGUUGGGAAGAAAGCGUGGAUGCUGCUAUCUCUCAUUUGCUGAGAACAUGUCUGUCCAAGAGCUCUAAAGAACAGGUCCUGACUCUCACCAGUCAAUUGAGUAUACCCAAAGAUACUAGCAGGCUGAAGAAACACAUCACCUUGCUCUGUGAUAGAUUGGCCAAAGGUGGUCGCCUAUGUUUAAGUACAGACACAAAUAUUCAGCAAACUAUGGUCAUGCCAGGUGGCUGUACUCCCAUCCCAGAAUCUGACCUGGAGGAAAGGACAGGUGUACAGGAUUCCACAACAAUGUUUACCAACCACAGGCACCUUACAAAGCAGAAAUCCAAAACUGAUUUUCUGCAGGGUGCACUAGAGGAAGCAGAAAAGCCAUGAAAAUCUGAAGAAGAUUCUCAGGAGGAUUUUUCUAUCUGAUGUCAAAAGCAUUUACAAUGCAGCUGUACCAAUCCAUGUUACUCUAGUCUGAAUGGAGCCUUCAGAAGAAGAAGGUCCCACUAAUUGUACAAAAAAGUUUAUUCACAUCAAAUUGAUUAGAUUUCCUUGCCAACUACUUGUCUUAGCAUCCAUUCUGUGGAUAAAGCCUAACCACUUAUGAAACUGUUGUAGCAAAUGUUUAUUAAUCUGCAAUAUCAGCCCGUCAUAAAGAUCCUGUUGCCUGAUCAAAGACUAUUUACACACAGUUAAAAGCAAACUUUGUUUCAUGGUAUGUUUCUUCCUUUGCGAUUACGUUACCAUUUUCUCAUAGUGUCACAGUUUGGACGAAAAAUAGCUAUCUCCUUCCCUCUUCUGCAAACCAAUCACAAUUUUCACACAGGUGAAUUCACCACAAGAAGUAAGGCAGAUAAUCCGCCAAGACUUCUCUAUCCCCCUCCUCCCUGAUUUAUACAUCUGCUCUCAAGAGAUACAGCGUAAAAUAUGGCUAUGUCAAGGGCAAAAUGUCUCCUUCCCUUUUCCUGUUACAUAAGUCAUGUGAAUAAAGUUUACAUUGUAAUUGCCCUAAGCACGCUGACACAUGGAUCUUCUGAUUGUGUUUUUUACUAACACAUUAAGUAUACUGAUACAUAUUAUUCUUAUGAAUCAGUCUGUUCUGGCUAGGGACAAGUUUUUCAGAUGUGACUAGUGAUUAUGAGUGCAUUCAAUUUUGCUAACCCAAAACUGAGACAGUUCAAAGGGGAUCUGAUUUUCAGAAAGUUAGACCCCUUUGAAAAUCAGAUCCUGUUAAAGUGUCUACAAAUAGGAAACCCCAAAAUAGAGGCACCCAAAAUCACCUUUGAAAAUCUUGGCUUAGAUUUUUGAAAUGUUCGGAGCAUAAAUGAAUUGGUGAGAGAGUAACAUGAAUGCAGUGUCAAUGUAAAGAUAUAUGGAAGGGUCUGAAAAUAAUUGAGACCUGGCUCCAAGUGUGGAAGAUAUGCAGCCAACAUCUCCUUCCUUUUGGUUUGGCCUCAUGAUGGAUCAUACAAAAGUACAAUUUCUAGCCCAUUUGGCAGCGUAUAUGAAAUGAAUUGUUGAUCUCAGCUUAUUUCCUAGUGGACAAGUGUACACAUUGCAAAGGCUGUCAUCAAACUUGGCACCUGUGUUGUCUAUCUCAGCAGAGACACCAAAGACUUGGGCUAUAUCUACACUAGCACUUUUGUUGGUAAAACUUUUGUCGGUCAGGGCAUCGGUGCUGUGUUCUGCUCCCACUGGUGGGUGUUCAACCCCCCCUCUGCCCCUGGCCCUGCCCUGACUCCACCUCUUCCAUGAGGCCCUGCCCCGCCCCCAUUCCAACCCCUUCUCCAAAGUCCCCAUCCCAACUCUGCCCCCUACCUAUAUUCCGACUCCUUCCCCAAAUCCCCACCCCAGCCCCACCUCUUCUCCGCCUCCUCCCCUGAGUGCACCACGUUCCUGCUCCUCCCGUUCUCUCCUGGAGCUUGCUACACUGCCAAACAGCUGUUUGGUGGUGGUCGGGUGGGAAGCCCUGGGAGGUAGGCAGAGGAGCGGGGAUGUGGCGCCCUCAGGGGGAGAGGCAGAGUAGGAGGUGAGGCAGGGGGUAGGGGAGCUUGGCUGCUGGUGGGUGCAGAGCGCCCACUAAUUUUUCCCUGUGGAUGCUCCAGCCCCAGAGUACCUCCAGAGUCUGCACCUAUGAGUCAGGGUAUAUUUUUUCACAUCCUUGACUGACAUAAGUUUCACUGGCAAAAGGGCUGGUGUGGCCAGCACUAUGUUGGCGGGAGAGCAUCUCCUGCUAACAUACCUACUGCUGCUCAUUGGGGGUGAUUUAAUUAUGCUGAAUGGAGAGCUCUCUCCCGCCGGCGUAGAGCAGCUACAUAGGAGACCUUACGGCAGCACAGCUGCAGCGGUACAGCUGUGCCACUGAAAAGGCCAUAGUGUAGCCAUAGUCUAAGUCAGCACAGAGAUUCACUGUUCUAACUUCUCACCCAUAGAAGAGAUUCCUCCAGCUCAGCCGUGAAACCUGCUGGCAAUGGGGUGACAAUUGCAAAUUUAUUUUACUACUGUCUGCCAUGUAUCUGUUCCAUGGAUAAAGAGGGAAGUUUAUUCUCCAGGACUUCCAGUCCAGUAACUUUCAUAAGCACGAAAUCUACUAUCAACCCCUUUCCCCCUGGCCCCUCUCCAAAAAUCAUUUCCUCCUUCCUGUACCAAUUGUGCAUUUCCCGUUAGCCUCCCAUGCAGUUCCAUGGUGUUGCUCCAUCAGGAGUAUCAAUAACGUUUAUAUCCCUGCAAUUCUACAGAGUUGUCUUUUUUAGCUGACUUUUUAAAUGGAGCGAAGCAGCCAGGGAGCAGGUGGCCCUGGAUCUGGAGUGAAGCUGCAGGGCUUCCAUCCAGAUGGCCCUGUACCCUGGCAGCUGUCAGGGAGCUGCAGCUCAUGGGGGCCAAAAAUCUCUCUGGGGGAGAAACUCCACCUCUCUGGCCUGGAAAGAUUCCCCCUGCAGGAGUGUUCUUCCCUCUCUGUCCCUCCCACAUGUUUUCCCCCAGGAGAGCAGUAUGUGACCCAUUGUAAGGAGACUCCACUGCUCUGCUAAAAUCCCACAAUAAAAUAAUCUCCCGUAGUCUCCAUACACACCUCAGUGACCAAAGAAAAUCCAUGGGGAACUGGUCAAUUACUUUAGCUAUUAGGCUUAAACUUUAACCACAGAUUUCAAAUCUUCUUCUAUGCUCUCAGUGGCUGCUAGGUAACCUAGAGAACUCAACUGCGAUUACUAUUAAAAAAUCUCUUCGUUGUACCAUAGAAGUGCCACUACACUGUAGAAUCUUGAGCCAAAGAAUCCUGUACUAAUAUACACUAUAUAUGGGAAAGAAAACCAUGGGGCUUUAGUGGGAUAUAUUACACUGUAAUAUCAUUAUUAGAUCUGAUCCAACCACCCAAAACUGCCAUUGAUUUCUUUGGGAAUUAUGGGUAAGCAAUGAGUAGAGGUUCAGGUCAGUUAUGUGAAAUGCUUGUAUUUACAUUGCAUUUAUUUGACAUCAGUGAAACAUGUUUGUGUUGGUGUUGCUCCUAUUUGCCUAUUUUACUCCAUGCUAUGGGAGGAGAAGGCUCUAU